GAAAUGAUAAUCUUUAUGUGAGGUUAGGAGAUAUAUGUCAGCUAGUGCAUUGAAUGCAGAAUUUGUAUGAAAGCUUUUUCUUUUGUGCGUUGGUAUAUCGAUACCAGAGGAAGAAAACCAGGCAUUUACGAAGCAUGGUCAGAAUGCCAGAUGCAGGUGUCAAAUUUUAGUGUUGCCAAGUUCCAUAAGUUCAGUACAGAAACAGAAGCUUUUUGUUAAUGGACAUGGGAAAAGUGACUUAGAAAAUAAGACACAAACGUACAUGUGAAGUAAAGUGGAGAGCAUCUAUUUAUACCAGUUGAUAUCAGCAAGAAUGACUGAUAAGAAUGUAACACAAAGUUCACCUGGUACUCAUGUGUCAUCUAUAAAACUAAAAGGAAAUGCACUGAAACAGCGUUUGUCAGUUCUAGAGAAGAAGUUUGAGGAGUCUAUGAAAGAACUCUGUAUAGAGAUUGACACUGCCAGGGAAUGUAUUGAGACAUUUUGUACCGAAGUUAAUAUACCAUCAAAAAGUAAGGCAAACAAUCAGACAGAAAUGACUAAAGAAUGCAAAAGACUACAAGAAUGUCUUUCAAAAAUAGCAAAGCAUUAUGCAGAUUCUGUUACAGAACUUAAGGCUGAAAUAAAUAGCCUGAAGCUAGAAGUGACGACACUUAGGAUAGAAGAGGGAAAUAAUGAGACAAAUUCUGGAAAAGGAGCAUGUAUUGAUAGUAACUCCCUCUCCUUCAAAAGAAAUCUUACUUCAGUCUUGGAAUCAUUAAGGCCAAGUGUCACAACCAAAAGGUCAUAUAGUACAAGCAGCACUGAGAAUAAAACUACCAAGAGAAAAGGCAGUGCAUCUUUUGAUGGAGCAGGACCUUCAAAAGUACUUAAAGUUGAGCCACCUGACUCAGAUUAUGACAGCAGUUCAAAAAUAAAUGCUUUUCCUGGAUUUGAGGUUGAUAUGGAUGGAUAUGUGCAUGUCUACACUGAUGGAGCAUGUGAAAACAAUGGAAGGGCCAACCCUAGAGCAGGGAUAGGCGUGUGGUUUGCUGAUAAUCACCCACUGAAUUAUUCUGAACGAGUAAGAGGCCGCCUAACUAACAACACUGCAGAAAUUCAAGCUGCAACAUGUGCUAUUGAAUUGGCAAAGAAAGCAGGAAUCAGAAAAUUGCUACUUCACACAGAUUCUCAGUUUUUAAUAAACUGUAUUACUGUGUGGAUACACAAAUGGAAGCAGAAUGGCUGGAUAUUAACUGAUGGUGGCAAAGUAAAAAACAAGGAGGAUCUGAUAGAACUUGAUGAAGCAUUGGAAGGAAUGUAUGUGAAGUGGAAUCACGUUCGUGGCCACACUGGAAAUCAUGGUAAUGAAAUGGCAGAUACUUUAGCACGAGCUGGAGCAAAGAAGAUAUACUGAAAGACUUACGAAUUUCAACUCAGCAUAAGUCACUCAACAUUUAUUAACACAGCAAGAAUCCGUCACACAGAAGUUGUGAAGAAGAAUAAAACAUGCAUUUUAUGCAAAAUAUACUUCUUAAGUUUUCAAUAUAAUUAAAAGUUAUUUUGAUGCUGUGACAUUUUAUAAUUCUAGAAUCAUCUGCCCAGUUUUGUGCUGUUUAUAGAAACGUCAAAAAUUAUUAUUCACAAAUUUAAAGGUAAUAACAGAGUAAAUAUGCCAAAAUUGUUAUGCUGUAUAUCCACAACUGAAUUUAUGUAAUUCUUUAGAUGAGUGAGAUAUUCAAUAUAAUGCUGUGUAUUAUGAAAUGUAGCAACAAUUGAACUACAUUUUCACAAUAUGAAAAAAUUAUGUUUUGACAACUCCUUGUAAUUUGUACAAUCUGUAAUCCUCCAUUACAAAACUUUAAUGCUGAGAUUCAACAGCACAUACUUGAUAUAAACAAACCUUUCUUUUAAAAUUACAGUGUAGCAGAAAAACUGGAGGAAAUCACUUACUUUUUUAUGUACUAAAAUUGCAGUAUUUGACAAAAUAAAUAAAGGUCCACACACAUAAUCCUGCAAAUUUGUUUCUAAGAAAAUCACAAAAAUAUACAAAUUUGUAAUCACUGAGAAAUAAUAUAUUUUAUAAUUAUGGAUUUGAGGGACUUCUUUACAGAAGGAAGAACAGCACUUAUCUAAGAACACUUCACAAAUCAUAUGGAUAUCAUAUAUCAAAAGCAUCAAAUAUCUAAGAAACCAGAGUGGAUUAUAUCCCUGAGAAAGCAUUCAAUUUAGGUGUGUUAGGCAUAAAAACCAUCUACUGAAUAUCAAUUCAUCCAUCCAACCAUCCACUUACAAUAACUAUGGACAAGAAAGACUAAAAUAUGCUUUAAUGUAGACUCAAUGAAAAGGAAUGUCCUUAUAUCAUGGCAAAUUUGGCCCUUUUUCUACCAUCUGGGAGGGAGGGGCAAUCACCAUUUAAAAAGUUCAUCUUUAUGAGUGAAUAAUUCAUGUAUUAUAUCCCUACAAAAUAGUGGCAUUCUCUUUUUAUGACUGCACACUUCAAUAAAUGCUUACCAAAUAAUGUUUUACACAAGGAUUAUAAUCACUAAUGAGUUUGUCAUACAAUGUUUUGUUCUCCAAGACCAUCAUACUAAAGUUGAGUUCAUGACAGCAAACUACUUUUGAUGCAGAAAUCACUUCGAUAACCAUUUAGUUUGUAUUUUAUUGUAAUGCUUUUAAACUGUAAAUAACUUGCAAUUUAAUUAACUGGGAUCCUUUAUAAAACACUGGUACAAUUUUUUUCUCAUAGCAACUCUUUAGUUUGUUCCAAGAUAUAUCAAUAAAAUAUUAAUAUUUCAUACAAAAUAUCAGCCCUUAAUUACAAAACAUACAAAAACAAACAUCCCUUGUCCCUUUUAAGAGCUGUUCCUUGAAUUUUUAUUUGAAAUAAAAAUUAGACUGAAAACUGUACUUACCAGUUAAACAGCUACAUAAUCAGCAAAUUGAGUAUCCAGUUAGUUGCUAACGCACAGGUCCAGUUAGCAGUUGAACCAGUGAAAGUUUGGAAGUCAGUUCAUUAUUAUUGCUGUGUGGCAACAUUUAUCUGAACCUCUGACCUGUCUGUCAUGAGGAGAGGGCUGCAAGUCUACUGCUCCUCAGAAUCUGAGAAUAAACAUGUUACUACUCAGAUAAAGAUCAGUAGUUGAUUUCAGUGGAGAAAUGUUUCAGAGGAAUGUAGCCCAUAUCCUUUAUAUGCAGAAGAAUAUUGAGAGUAGCAAUGCACCAUCAAGAUACUUCAUAUAUCAGACAGUCCCUAUCCAACCAAAUGCUUCCUCUUUUACCCAUUCCACCAAAUUUCAUUGACUAAUGCCAGACAAUGUUUGGUACCUUCGCGUUCACAUUCUUCUUGAAAUGCAAACUAUGGACCUUCUACAUUUUGGGAACGGAUUUCCAUAUUUAUGACAAUUUGGAUUCUGUCUUGUGGGGUUUGAUGCCAAGUAGUCUUGUAGGUGGUUAUGAGAAACAUAUGAGCUCUAUCCCUGAUGAUGGAGGUAAUAAUUUCCACCAAAACAUUGGUAACCACCUAUGAAACUACACAAAAUCAUAACCAAGGUGUACAUAACUAUUUUACAUGAUGUACAAAGUGAUCACCUGCAGCACUAGAGCAAUAAAUAAUAAUAAAAUAUA